AUGGAGGCCCAAAAUGCAAAUCCAUCGCCGGAUAACCAAAACGCCGCCGCCGUACGCCGCCUCUACACGGCCUUGUCGGACGGCGGGAACCCGGAAAUAUUGAGCCUUGUCUCCGGUGACCUCGAGUGGUGGUUUCACGGCCCGCCCAACAGCCACCACAUGAUGAAGGUGCUCACCGGGGAAACCCCGCCGUCAGAUUUCAGGUUCGAGCCGCGGGGAGUCGCCGCCGUGGGCGGCGGCGGUGGGUGCGUGGUGGCGGAGGGUUGGAAGGGCGAUCAGGUGUAUUGGGUGCACGUGUGGACCGUCGAGGGCGGCCGGAUCACGCAGCUAAGGGAGUAUUUCAACACGUGGCUGACGGUGAAGGACCUGAGGCCGCUGCGUUGCUCCUCCGGCGCCGGAGCCGCUACUCUGUGGCGGAGCCACCAUGAUGACGUCCGGUCGAUGCCUGGGCUGAUGCUGCCCAUUUGA